AUGGACUCGAUGCGCAGCCUAAACACGUCGCUGCCCUCGGCGCGGCGACGCCCGCAGCCGCCGGCUCAGCUUCUACAAGCCUUCAAGACGGCCGCCCUGCAGGUCACCAACCUGUACAAGGCCGCCGCCACCGACCGCGAAGCAGCCCACGAGGAGGGCUACCAGGCCGCACUGGAGGACAUGCUGAGCUUCCUGGACAACGAGAACCUGGGCGUCGGCGACGGCGAGGGCUGGCGGGUGCGGCAAUGGGUGACGGAGAAGCUGCAGGAGGGCAUGGCGAGCGGCAACCACAUCGACAGCGACGACGAGAACACCAACACCAACAACACCACCACCUCCAGCCACCAACACGGCGAACACCAAGCCAAGCCCGCCCCCCAGCGCAGCUCCUCGCCCGUCGUCCCGCACCGCACCGAAGAGCCCGUCGUAUCCGUCCCCCCGCCCGCCGUCGCCUCCGUGUCGCCGGAGCCGGCACACGUAUCGGCCCCCGAGCGGCCCGCCUUCGACGCCACUCUGCCCAAGGGCGACUUCACGUUCCGCGCCGCCCAGUCCCUGCCCGCCCACACCGACUUGGACAUGGACCAUGAAGCGGAGGAUGAGGGCGACGAAAACAACAACAACAACAACGCCACCGCACCCGCCCAAAUCAACGUCUUCCCUCGCCACCACGGCCGCGCCAACCACCACCACCAUCGCAGCGGUAACGGGAUCAAUCGGUCAAACCACGCCAGAGACGGCAACCGCAACAAUGCUGCCGCCACCGCCGCCGCCGUCGCCCAGAUCAACAGUAUUGGCCAGGGAGCGGGUUUGAAGCGGCGAGCGCCGUUUGGCGACUUCUUCGACAUCACUGGGGUAGGGAACGGGAAGGAUAUCUCUGGGGGAGGUGGAAAGAGGGGGAGAUUUACGUAA